GCGGCGGCGGCAGCAAUGCACGCGGCCGCCCGCGCCUCGGCCACCAGCGUGAGCGCCGAUUGCUGCAUCCCCGCCGGCUUGCGCCUCGGGCCCGUGCCCGGAACCUUCAAGCUGGGCAAGUACUUGUCAGACCGCAGGGAACCCGGGCCCAAGAAAAAGGUGCGCUUGGUGAGAGGGGAGCUGGUGGACGAGUCGGGGGGCUCCCCUCUGGAAUGGAUAGGGUUAAUCCGGGCAGCCAGGAACCCCCAGGAACAGACUCUGGAAGCUAUUGCAGACUUACCCGGAGGACAGAUCUUCUACCGAGCACUUCGAGAUGUCCAGCCAGGGGAGGAGCUGACUGUGUGGUAUUCCAACUCCUUGGCUCAGUGGUUUGACAUUCCCACGAUUGCAACUCCGACGCACGAUGAGAAAGGAGAGGAGCGCUACAUUUGCUGGUACUGCUGGAGGACGUUUAGAUACCCCAACAGCCUUAAGGCGCACCUACGUUUCCACUGCGUGCUCAGCAGCGGCGGGGCCCGCACCUACCUGCACCACGAGCACGCGGCUCGCCAAAGCGCUGCCCCCGCAGCCGAUGGCCUUCGCUUCUCUCCGAAACCCCCGGCGCCCGACUUCGCCGCGGCGGCUACUCUGCGGCCCCACCCGCAGGCCCCGCCGCCCCUGCAGGCCUGCGGAGCGCGGGAGGGCAUCAAGCGCGAGGCCUCCUCCGCGCCCUCGGCCACCUCGCCGCCCCCGGCCAAGUGGGGGCCGUCCAAGAAGGGCAAGGAGCAGCCCGAGCGCGCCCCGGACUCGAACGGGGCCGCCCGGGGACACGGCCACUUCCUGGGCAUCGUGGGCGGCUCCCCAGCGGGGGGCGGCGGCCUAGCCUUCUAUCCCGGAGUGCGCUCGGCCUUCAAGCCCGCCGGCUCUGCCCGGGGGCUCUCGGCCGCGCACGGCGACCCCUUCCGGGAGGAGGGUGGCAGCAAGCCGGGGGCCGGGCUGGCCCUCGGCAGGCUGCUGGGCGGGAGCCGGGCGGGCGGGCGCCCCGGAGGCGGGGAGAACGCGGUGGCAGGCGGCGCGGGCCACCACCACCACCACCACGCGCACCACCACCACCACCACUCCAAGUGCCUGCUCGCGGCGGAGCCGCCGCCGCCGCCCGGCCUACCCUGUUCGGGGCCCCUGCGCGGCUUCCCUCUGCUCCCCGGAGCCCCGGAGGAGGCGUCGGCUUUCAAGCACGUGGAGCGCGCCCAGCCCGCCGCCGCCGCGCUGCCGGGGGCGCGUUUCGCACAGCUGCCCCCGGCGGCCGGGCUGCCCUUCGAGCGCUGCGCGCUGCCGGGCCUCGACGCGGGCGGACUCAAAGCCUACCCGGGUGGCGAGUGCGGCCCCCUGCCCGCCGUGCUGCCCGCCUUCACCGUCUACAACGGGGAGCUGCUCUACGGCUCCCCGGCCGCCGCCGCUUACUACCCGCUCAAACUGCACUUCGGCGGGCUGCUCAAGUACCCGGAGUCCCUCUCCUACUUCGGCGGGCCCGCCGCGGCGGCGGCGGCGGCGGCGGCGGCCGCUCUAAGCCCCGCCGAGCUGGGCUCCCUGGCCAGCAUCGACCGAGAGAUCGCCAUGCACACGCAGCAGCUGUCCGAGAUGGCGGCCGGGAAGGGCCGCGGCCGCUUGGACGCCGGGACGCUGCCACCGGCCGUCGUGGCGGCUGGCGGUGCUGGGGGUGGAGGCAGCGGGGGCGGUGGCGCGGGGAAGCCCAAGACGGGCCACCUGUGCCUCUACUGCGGCAAGCUGUACUCGCGCAAGUACGGGCUCAAGAUCCACAUGCGGACGCACACGGGCUACAAGCCGCUCAAGUGCAAAGUGUGCCUGCGGCCCUUCGGCGACCCCAGUAACCUCAACAAGCACAUCCGGCUGCACGCGGAGGGCAACACGCCCUACCGCUGCGAGUUCUGCGGCAAGGUGCUGGUGCGCCGGCGGGACCUGGAGCGCCACAUCAAGUCCCGCCACCCCGGCCAGAGCAUGCUCGCCAAGGCUGGCGACGGCCCGGGCGCGGGGCCGGACUACCCCCCGGAGCCCGGGGAGCCCAAGAGCGACAACGACAGUGACGUGGAUGUCUGCUUCACGGACGACCAAAGUGACCCCGAGGCCGGGGGCGGCGCCGGGCGCGACUCCUAA